AUGUCAUUCUCUAAUCUGGUCUCUGAUCUCGCUUUCCGGGAUUCCAAUGCCGACGAGCGGGGCUCGCAGAUUUCGCGUGCUCAAUCCCGUACCGCUCGUUCCUACACGAGUACAACAGCCACGAGUGUCAGCAUAUCUGGGGAUAUUUCUAGCCAACUCCAUGCUGGAUACAGCCACCCAUUAAGUCGAUCGUGGCAGGCAGAGAGGCAGUUGACCAAAGAAAUGCUUAUAUACCCGCUAUUCAUCACCGACAAUCCGGACGAAGAGAGCCCGAUUCCGUCUCUGCCUAACCAGUACCGCCGAGGUGUCAAUCGCCUUAUUCCUUUCCUGGCCCCUCUAGUCCGAAAAGGACUUCGUUCGGUCAUGCUCUUUGGUGUCCCCUUGCACCCCUCGGCCAAGGAUGCUCUUGGAACGGCUGCCGAUGACCCGGAAGGUCCUGUUAUACAGGCGAUCCGGCUGCUGCGCUCUCGGCUUCCCCAACUUUACAUCACGACGGAUGUUUGCCUUUGCGAGUACACAUCUCAUGGUCAUUGUGGAAUCCUUCGGGAGGACGGGACACUAGACAAUGCACAAUCUGUCGACCGCAUCGCUGAUGUGGCAUUAGCAUACGCCGUCGCGGGUGCCCACUGUGUUGCGCCGUCCGACAUGAAUGAUGGAAGAGUGCGUGGGAUUAAGCUCAAACUGAUUGAGGCGGGUCUGGCCCACCGGGUGCUCUUGAUGUCGUACAGUGCAAAGUUUAGCGGCUGUCUAUAUGGCCCCUUCCGUGAUGCGGCCGGGUCAUGUCCUUCAUUUGGAGAUCGCCGUUGCUAUCAACUCCCCCCGGGUGGUCGAGGACUUGCCCGACGGGCGAUUCAGCGUGACAUGAAUGAGGGUGCGGACAUUAUCAUGGUCAAGCCGGCCAGCAGCUACCUGGACAUUAUUCGUGACGCAAAAGACCUUGCUCAGGAUCUCCCAGUGGCGGCAUAUCAAGUUAGUGGUGAAUUCGCUAUGAUUCACGCGGCUGCGAAGGCAGGCGUUUUCGACCUAAAAGCCAUGGCCUUUGAAAGCACUGAAGGGAUUCUAAGGGCGGGAGCAGGGAUUGUGGUUAGCUACUUUGUCCCAGAAUUCCUGGAUUGGCUUUAA